AUGGAAGUUAGUAAUCGACAAUCGUGCGGAUUGUCCAUGGCUGUGUAUAAGAACAUAGCGAACAAAUUUCUAGAGAAAACCGGGCUGCUACAUUCGGCCAAACAAAUGAAAAACAAGUUUGACAACUUGAAGAAAGAUUGGGUAGCAUGGAAAAAGUUGGAGAAUGCCAGCCACGGCUUGACAGGGCUUGGGUACGACCAUGAGAUGGGCUUGUUCAUUGCACCUGACCAUUGGUGGGCCAAAAUGCAAGCGAUGAACAACCGAUGUGCUAAGUUCAAGACUAAGCCUCUAGAGCACUUGGACCUCAUGGAGCGGGUGUACUCUGGUGCAGCAGUGACUGGGAAACAUAUAUGGACUCCAACAGAAGUGCGCGAUGCUGCUGCUACUACUGCUGCGACCAAUGCCAACGAGGAUAGCGGGAUGAAACCUCUCAGUACAGGCGCACCACCACAGCCAGGCCAUGACACUGUCGGGGAGAACGUGGUGGAUAGUAGCCUCUUUGACGAUGCUGCCCCCCUGUCAUGA